CGCCCUCGAUUCCUAAUUACAUCGAAUUUAUAUUAUUUCUUUAUUUCAAACUUUUCUCGAGCACCUUCGAUCUUUGGAAAUUCUUCGUUCAAGUUAAACGUCUAUAAAGAAUCGUAACCUAUAUCUUUGUCCCGCUUUUUUAAAGUAACCGAGUUUCAAUUUUUUGAAAACUCUAUCAAUUUAUGUUUCUUUUUUUUUUUUUCCAAUUACGACCUCCACCCUUAAAAUGACUUUUCGACCGUUAACGUGGCAUUCGCCGACACGAGUCGUACGAGUUAACAGUGUGCACGAAGAGUGAAAGAUAAAGCGCGUGUUUGUGAUCGAUACGCAUUUGUGUUGGAGCAGCUGUUACGAUUGGGGCACGCGUCCCAACGGUCGCAGCAGCUGCCCAGAAAGUUAUCUAUAGUACCCUCAACUGGAGUUCUUUUACGAUACACGGCACGAUAAUCAUCGUGCAUCGUGCAUUUAUCAAUAAAUGCAUUUUUCGCGUCUACUUUAAAAAAGAAAAAAGGAAAAAAACGUCGUCGAGAUUCGUCGAAAUUCGUAGAUUCUUAAAUCUAAAUUCGUGAAUUUUUAUCGAGUCUAACGUAUUCGAUGAAAUUAUUCCACGUCGUUUAUCGCGGGGAUCGAUCAAGUUUUUUUCAAAUACACCGCGAAUACCCUUUCGAUCGAUUCGAUUUCGAAUCGUUCGAUCGGUGGAAAUUAAUGUGGAGCGGGAUUUAAAAUUUAAAUGUCGCGCAGCAAAGGUCGUAUAAAUUCUUGAACACGCUGUAGAGGAUGGCAGUAACGCAGGAAAACGUUGGAAGGAAGGUGACUAUAGGGUGACCCCCACCCUGAGAUGCGACACCGUAUUAUGCGAACCCUCUGACAACCCCUCAGGUAACGUGCCGCACAUAUACGCGCGUGUGCGUUGGAGAAACGCUUGGAGAAACGCCCUUCGUACAUCUGCUGUUGAGGGAACUCGUGUGGCAGUUUGUUGGGAGCAACCGUGGUGCACGGAUCGAACGCAUUUCAACGUUGGACGAUUUCCCCAACGAUUUCGUUCAAAAGUUAUAAAGUCGAAAACGAAUUCUCUUCUCUAAUUGUUCAUCUACCUGUUUAAAAUAUUCUCGGGAAAACUAUUCUCGGAAGAAGCUGAUAAUUUGGACCGUCUCGAGACCUGUAUUUUUACAUCGCCAGAUCUAUAUCGUGGACAAAUAUCGAGGGGAGAAUAGAAAUUGAGAGAAAAUGUGCAAGGCACGCCACAUUCCCGCGCAAGAGAUCAUCUCACCACCUGCACGAAUGGUAACGUUCUCCCUCGAAACUUGGACAUCCCCCUCCUACGUGAGCACCGCUCUCCUGAUUCUCGUGAAUCAGAAACACCAAUAAUUCGAUGGAAAGAAAGAUUGUUGAAAACGGUGUGAUAUAAACGUAUCGUGCGCGAAUCUCUGAAUAAUAAACAUUAAAUCCGUUUAUUUUCGCGUGCCAAUUAAAGAUAAUUAUGCCUCGUAUCUAUCGGAAUAAAGUAUAAACAUUAAUUCGAAAAUUAAUCGAAUCGAAUUGAAUGAACAAAAUGGCGCAAAUAUCGGAACCAGCCCCUGUGCACUGUUACACCAACCCCUCGUUUUGCCGCCAAUCGGAAUACAUACCGGAGGAUCAGAGCGGAGGUGAGCUGCCGCCACCGCCACAAUUUCAGUGCGACGAUCUGCCCCCGCCACCCCCGCCGUUGCAACUGCAAUACAACGGCGGCCAGACGAACCCCGCGUUUCAAGAAAUCGGCGAGAACAGAGUGGAGGGCGGCAGAUAUCGUUACCACGAGGGUAAGAACAGCUCGGCGCAUCGAAGGUAUGGAAGCGUUCCAGUGGAGGAGCACCGGGCGAUGUACAAUCAAAGUUCAAGGUACGAGUACAUAGAGGACGAGGAGGAGAGAAGUCACGUAGAGAGAAGGGGUUCCCUGAGGUACGAGUUCAUUCCGCGGCAGCAGGUGCAACAGCGUUCCGCAACGGCGGCCAACCAAGACGACGGGCGGGAACCGCAGAGUUGUCGGAACAACGGAGGAAGAUACGCCGUUGUACCGGGUGACCAGGAUUACCAGGACGAGGAAGCCCCGUGGAAGACGGUGAAGCACAGCGCGUCCUCGGCGCGGAGGCACAUCAACACGCCGCAAGGCCGUUAUAGCAGAGUUCCCUUGCAAGAAGAGGAACCGCCGGCAUUGCCGGAACGAAACGGUCAAGAAUUGUCGACCUCGCCCAAGAAUAACUUGGCCACGCAAAAAUUGCACGAGAUAUUAGCCACACCCAGGAAACCUCCUCGAUCCAGAUCCGAGGAGAGGACCUUAUCUCCAAAGAGGCAGCACUCGUUCAAUCAAACCGGUACGCCACAAAGAAGAGCACUCACUCCAGGUGGUUCCCCAACCGGUCGAACGUUCAGCCCUACUCGUUCCACGCCUCAUGGAACUCCGCAAAAUCGUACAUUCAACGGAGGUCUUCACACUUCAACCCCGAACAAAGAGCAGCCAUCGGCUCGAAGAUGCCUACCAUUAUUGGAAAACCCGUCCCGUCAACAGGACGUUUGCCCAGCCAGCAAUUGUGGAAGACUACGUUAUAUUGGCACAGCUCCGGUCGACCUUGUAACGAUGGGUCAUGGUGAUCCACCGCCUCGUUACGCAUACACGGAAAAUGGACUAGAAUCUAUGCCGAUGGUGUCCGGUUCACCGAGGUAUCAAGUAAUACCUGCUGGACAGAAAAGAAACGGGUAUCAAAGCGUGGAAAGUGCCUUCAUCGCUAGAACCGCAGUUGUUCCACCGCUGUCGCCACCGAACAGCGACGCGAACACAACCUUGGCCAGCGGUUUGGAGAAGAACGACAGAAGAAACGCGCCGUUCUUGUUGGUCUUGGUUGGCAUUCUAACCUGCGGUUUGGCACUCUACUUGUCAUGGACGCAAGGAAGAAGGUCGAAAUUCGUUUCCAGGUAUUAUUACGACAGUGCGGCGGGUUGUGGCGCCUGUUGCGCGUUGGCAGGCGCUUGCAGAACGUUGAGAAAGACUUGGACAGGACUUGGACUCGCGGGAUUGUCGGCGCUGAGUUGCGCAGGGCUUUUGUUACUUGCCGCCAAAUCUCCCAAACCCGGCACUCCUCUCCACGAUGUCACGGCCGGCGCUUUGUGUGGAGUUUCUUUGCUCGGUGCCGUUCUGGCUCUGCUGGCGCUUCUGUCACCAAGGUGCAAUUUAGGCAGACACAGAAGGGUGCAUUCUUGGAUACCUCGUCUCUCGCCUUGAUCGGUCCUCCCUCGGAUUCUAAUUUUCCAGAUUCUCGCCCUGUUUAAGAAUAAUUCCAACCAAAAGUAUCAAAUGGAAUCGUUUUUACACAGAAACUGUUGACCGAUCGGGCAACAUUGAAAUCCUAGUCUGCCAAGUUUCGUCAAGAGUUGAAUUGGGGGAGAGAGUAUAAGAAAACGAUUUAAACACGCGACAUUAUCAAUCUUAAGAUAAAUGAAACUUAUAAUCCAUGCUCACU